AGUGAAGCAGAAAUGCAACAGAAAGAGGAGGACAUUUAACAUCCUUAAGAGCAGCAGUGGCAUCUGAUAUCAGUGCAGAAAGAGGGCCUGUGUAACUAACUUACACCGUGACCGCAAUGGCUCGAUGUGGCUUCUUCAGUCUGUGUGUAGGUGUGUGGAUCACUGCAGUCAUCAUGAGCAUCUACAUGGAUGUGUCUCUUGGAGAACAAGCAUUGGACUGCUGUUUGAAGGUUGGCCAUCAUAAGAUCCCAAAACGCAUUGUCACCUGCUACAAAGAGCAACGCAGAGGCGAUGGCUGCUUCAUCGAUGCUGUUGUCUUCCGUACUCGAAAAGGCCGGGAUCUUUGCGCUCCCCCUGAAGCCGACUGGGUCAUAGACCUGAAGAAUGUAGUGGAUGGCAGGAACAAAAGCCAGGAUGGUAUCUGUAAAGACAAGAGAGACUAGGUUGCUUGGUCGGAAACUGGAAGUUGACGUUUUUUUGAGAUCAUGGCAGCUAAAAAGCUAAAUUGUAAUUCUACACUGUUUCCUGUGACAGCAUGCUUUAAAUGAUCUUUUAUUCUCUGCACUGUAAUGCAUCUGUACCUGUUUUUUUUUUAUUAUUAUUUUUUUUUUUACUACCUAUAAACAUAUAAAAAUACUUUGAAAAAAAAAAAGCUGUGAUAGUGAUCAAAAAUCUUGACCAUGUCUAUGUUACUGUUGCUUUAAUGAUUUAAAUGAUUAAAAACAAGAUUAGGGCAUUUUUCAGCUCUCUGUCUAUACAGUAUAUUAUUACAAACUAAAUGAAAUAAAGUAAAACGCAGAAGUAAAUGAUGUCCAUUUUCGUUGUUUCUGUCCAACAACUGUGUAACUGGAUUUUAAUGUCUGAAAAAGUGGUGAUGUAGAAGAUAGUUUGGUCAAAAAGCUUACCUUGAGCCUUAUAGCCUUAUAGCACACAUUGUUAAUGACAUGUCUUGUGUAUUAUGGGCUAAAAAAAAUUUUAUUUAAGUUUAAAGAUUGUUUAUGUAUCUUUGUCAAAUGAUCAUUUUUUAUUUAUUUUAUCAUAAUCAAUAAUUAGCAUCCUUGUGGUAUGGAACAUGAACUGUUAUGAAAAAAGAAAUCGCAUGGAUAAUCACAAAAUAAACGUUAUUAGUUACAAACAUA